CGCCGCUGGGCGCACGCUCAGAGCCAGCUGCUGGCGGGAGGCCGGAGCUGAUGAUCUGCGACCCGGGGACUGACGGCUCAGGAGGGCAAGGUGGUCCCGGAGUGGGGCAGAGUCACGGGCGGUGGAGGAUCCUGGAGGUGACGGCAAGGAGAGGACGCGAUGGCCAGGCGCCGCGGCUGAGGCGGGCGCGGACGGGCGCGAGCGGACAGCGCGUCUGGGCUGCAGGCUGCGCGCGGCGGGGCGGGGGCGGGCGUCGGGGGACGAUGCCAUGUCUCGCGAGCCGCCCCCGCGCAAGGACAUCCCCCGCAACCUCAGCUUCAUCGCGGCUCUGACGGAGCGUGCUUACUACCGCAGCCAGAGGCCCAGCCUGGAGGAGGAGCCGGAGGAGGAGCCUGGCGAGGGCGGGACGCGGCUCGGGGCCCGGUCCCGCGCUCACGCGCCGAGUCGCGGCCGCCGGGCUCGUUCUGCGCCCGCCGGGGGCGACGGCGGCGGCGGCGGCGGCGGCGGGGGAGGCGGCGCCCGGGCGGCCCGCAGCCCGGACACCCGCAAAAGAGUGCGUUUCGCCGACGCGCUGGGGCUGGAGCUGGCCGUUGUGCGCCGCUUCCGGCCCGGAGAGCUCCCCCGGGUGCCCCGCCACGUGCAGAUCCAGCUGCAGAGGGACGCCCUCCGCCACUUCGCACCUUGCCAACCCCGCACCCGGGGCCUCCAGGAGGCGCGCGCGGCCCUGGAGCCGGCCAGCGAGCCCGACUUCGCCGCCCGCUUGCAGGCUCAGCGCAUCUGCCUGGAACGCGCCGAGGCGGGCCCGCUGGGCGUGGCAGGGAGCGCGCGCGUGCUGGACCUGGCCUACGAGAAGCGCGUGAGCGUGCGCUGGAGCGCCGACGGCUGGCGGAGUCAGCGCGAGGCGCCCGCCGCCUACGCCGGCCCCGCCCCGCCCCCGCCGCGCGCCGACCGCUUCGCUUUCCGCCUGCCCGCGCCGCCCGUCGGGGGCGCCCUGCUCUUCGCCUUACGCUACCGCGUCACCGGCCUCGAAUUCUGGGACAACAACGGCGGCCGCGACUACGCUCUCCGUGGGCCCGAGCACCCGGGCAGUGGCGGCGCCCCGGAGCCCCAGGGCUGGAUCCAUUUUAUCUAAGACCCCCGCCCCCACAGCACCACCU